AUGAAUUUGGAUGAGCUUAUGAGAAGUGGAAUAAUUGAUGAGAGUGGACAAGUUGUGCAAAACCCUUGUUCAACUUUUUCAUCUAAUAAUCCUUCAUUUCUUUUUAACACGUCAUCGUCAAUGGACAACAAUAACAACAACCACCACCACUUGGAACAACCAAAUUUACCGGACACAACAACCUUUGAAGAGAUUCUUGCCCAUGCGGAAAUGAUCAAUCAUAAUACUAGUAACAAUAAUUACGAUGUUGGAAACCAAGGCAAUAAUGUUCUUGUUGACCCUAAGUCUUUUAUUGGUGUUGAUCCAAUAGUCAUGGCUUCUCAUCAAGCUAAUUGGUUGCAAAUACAAUAUCCUUCCGUGCAACAACAUCAUCAAGAGAAUGUGUGUCAUGAUUUUGGUGAUUCAAAGCCAGUUGUUAACACUCCAGUGAUGAAAACUGGUCACUCUGAUUCGUCACUAGAGAUUUCGAUGCCGGUGGCCGCCCCAGCGGCCAUGUCAUCAUGCACAUGUUCAGAUUCAAAGGGAGUUGUUUUCGGUGAUUGUGGCCGCCGCAGCAGGAAGAGAGGGUUCUCAGCUGAGGUGCAAGAACAGGGCAUUGACAGGAAGCAGAGGAGAAUGGCCAAGAACCGAGAAUCUGCUGCUAAGUCAAGAGCAAAGAAGCAGGUACCAAUCAAGCAUGGUUUUCAAUUAUUUUCAUUUUUGAGAGCAUAG